AUGUCUUCCUCACCGGGCAGCACCAGGCUUCUCCCCCGGGGCAGGUCGCCUCACGGCCCGACUAAAACAGCCUGGACGACCCGGUGUGACCAUUUGGGGCCUCGGGGGGACUUAACCGGGCGGACCUGGGGCAGACGGCGCAGGCCUGAACACAAGACUAGUCGGCCAACAUCGGCGGCGACAAGAGACAUCGGCAAUGUACCGCCGGUACCAGAACCUAAGGUGUCGGCGCCGAGCAGGCAAGCCAACAGGUCCUUCAUGUGGGGAGACUUGGCAGUACGGGAGGAGCAUCAGGAACAACAAACGGACGUGACACUGGAUGACUUCAGCAGUGAAAGUGAAGACGAAGACAUCCCCAGAGACCCCACACCCCCUCCGGACCUCACAGAUUAUCAGCCUGUUCAAAGGUACAUUGCUGUCGAAGAGAAGGUUGAAAAGUCACAUCGUGGAGAAACUAAGGAGACCGUGUCAUUGGAGUCAAAAGUGGGAAAGAGCCCACUACAGAAGCUAAAAAGGCAGCCGAGCUGUGACUCCCUGUUCGGCGGGAAGCAGGUGAAGCCCGGCGCCGUGUGGAGGCCGUACGGCCCGCCGCUGUACGGGUACGGCUCCUCCCUGAACCCGCCGCCCAGGAAGCGACCGGACACGCUGCUCAUCCUCGCCGCCAUCUUCUACUGCCUGGCCGUCCUGACAGCGGUGGUGUUCGCUGUUCUCUUCAAGACCAACGUCAUACCAGUAUACAAGACUCCUGAGCCGGUGCCUGCGUGGAUGCAGCAGUUUUCUCCGGAGAUGCAGAGGUGGUACCAGUUGGCGCUCCAGGCCGCCGGAGGGGACACAUCAGCGAUACUGCCACCUGGAUACCGUCCGCAACUGCCAGUGCCACUGCCUGUGGAAGAGUUUUGUGGCAACACGUCACUUCCUGACUUAAGUCACGGCGACUUCAACUGCACCAGCAUCGCCUACUACAACAUCUACGUGCGCAUGUGCAUCGCCAAGUGUGACGUGGGCUACCAGACCGAUGACGCGGGCCUGCUGUUCUGCAACCGCGGCCGAUGGGCGCCAAUCGCACCCGAAGUCGUGUCGACACUCGUCGGCGUCGGUCGGGCUGCCGACACGAUGCCGAACACCGAUCCUGAGUGGUUCGAGCCCCUUGGCAUCUCCGACCAAAUCUACGCGGACGCCGCGCGUGGCAUUUUGGUGAAGAUUAACGCCCCUCACCUUCCUAUCGUGGAGACAUAUUUAGACAUCAUCUCAGAGGACAACAUCAUCGAUUUCGACAUGAUGCGGCAGCUGUUGGAAUGGAUCGGCCCAAUUCUUGAAGACAUCGUGGCCCACCUGGACUUCUUGCAGCUUCUGUCUCGCCUAGAGACGUUCGGGGCGACCAAGCAUCCGGUGUGCAGACUUAUGGACUGUGGAGGAGAGUCUGAGAAUGUAGCUCAUGGCAAACUCAGCAGCAGCUCAACGACCUACAUGUCAGAAGCCCGAGUGGUCUGUCAGCGAGGCUACCUGCCCCGGCACCCUGUACUGACGUGUAACGCUUCUGGACAGUGGGACAAACCCGCACAGUGUGACCAAGUAAACUGCAGUCAACCUGAGGACCCCCCGCACGGAUCGUACCUGUGCCAGGGUCACGUGUUCUCGGACCGCUGUGACGUCAUCUGUGACGUAGGGUACCUACCGGAAACGGACCACGCCCUGGGCUGCAGCUGGACCGGAAACUGGACCGCCUUCCGCAGAGGGAACACGACAGAGAUGGAAAAUGCUGUGUCAGCAGACAUUAUCAUCCCACAGACUCUGGCUUGUGUCAUCGCUGACUGUGGGAACAUUUCGAUCCCGGUACACGGUGACGUCAGCUGUACAGGUACCACGUACGGCGAGACGUGUCAUCUCACCUGUCAGGACGGCUACGAACGGUUGGGACAAGGCAACUUCACCUGCCUGCCUUACCAACUCUGGAGUGGGGAACCGGAGUGCAUUCCAGUGAGUUGCGGCUCCCCUCCUGAGUUCCCUAACACCGCCCUACAGUGCGCCAGCGGACACACCUACGGGAACACCUGCGGCGUCACCUGUGCGGACGGGUACGAAGGAACGAACCACCAGAGCGUAGCUUGUCAUAGCAGCGGCAACUGGAGCCUGCAGGAGGGAGCGCUCCAGUCAGUUGUUGGGGGACCAGAUCUGUUCUGUCAGAAGAAGGACUGCGGCAACCUUAAUAGCCCUGCCAACGGCAGCCUGACGUGCAGCGGUACCAGGUACCAGGACUCCUGCCGCCUGACCUGUGAGCCCGGGUACAAAGUCGGCAAUGAGCAGGACCUUCAUCUCCACAGUCUACACAGCUUCACGUGCAUGGCAACUGGACAAUGGAACGACAAGCCUAGAUGCGUCCCAUCCGACUACUGCCUGCUCGGCCUGCACGACUGCCACCCUGAGCACGGGAUCUGCGACCUGACGGGCCACCAGACCUUCAGCUGCCGCUGCCGGGUCGGGACGGUCGGGGACGGGAGACGCUGUGAACGAACCCACUGUCCGCCUUUCCCGGUCACUGAACCGGAGAACGGUUACUUCGGAUGUUCUAUCCCGGCAUCCCCUGCAGCUGACUUCUGCCAAUCACCUGACAGCACGGCGGCGGAGUACGAGGUCGUCUGUCUGCUCCACUGUAACCCUGGUUACGACAGGCUGAUCUAUGCCGAGUACUCCUGUGGUCAUGACGGCAACUGGACCAUUCCUUUCGACAUAAACACCAACGGGACCAUACCGUGCUUAGCCGUGAAAUGCCCGAACAUAUCGAGUCCCCUACACGGUACAAUGACGUCCUGCGACAGCGGCUACUAUUUCCGGUAUCCUGAGGUCUGCAACUUCGCCUGCGAUCGAGGCUACGAACUCACGACCCACACAAGCAGGGUAAGACGCUGUCAGACUGAUGCUACCUGGUCUGGAAACGACGCCGUGUGCAUCGGUGUGCAAUGCCCGGACCCCAGGCCAACCAAUGGAAUAACGACCUGUAACAGAGGAUCCUCCUUCCGCUACCCCGAGACUUGCACCUUCAGAUGUAACAGUGGCUACCGGCUGUCCGGCAGCACCAGGCGAACCUGCCAGGCGAAUCGCAGGUGGUCCGGGAGCUCUACCACGUGUACCGUGGAGUGUCCGGCUCUUGCCAACCCCCGGAACGGCAGGGUGAACUGUACUGACCGACUGGUGAACGACAGGUGCACCUUCAGCUGUAACCAUGGUUACCACCUGCUGGGGUCAUCUCAGGUCGUGUGCGGGUCGGACGGACAGUGGACAGGCACGGUCCCUACCUGCGUAGCUUGCGACAGCGCAGCUGACAUCAUCUUUUCGAUCGACGUUUCCGGCAGCGUUUCGGACCCUUCCGAUAGAGCAAUGGUCAUGGCCUUUAUUAGAGAUGUAAUAGACUCCGUCACAAUAGGGGGAAGUUACGCGAGAGUUGGGCUGAUCAAAUUUGAAUAUAGCAAUGCCGAGACGUACAUUUCUCUCACCGGCAGUAAGCCUACUUUGGUAUCUAUGAUCAGCACCAUGUUUGACAGUCACGGCAGCCGAGUUCCCUCUGUCGCGGGUUUGUCCGUUAUGCGUAACGAAUUCUCCACUUCCGGGCGACCGACAGCAAGGAAGAUCGGGAUCGUCCUCACAGACGGCGAAGACAGUUUCAGCGGAGAUGUCGUAUCGGACUCUGAAGCACUGAGAAACGAUGGCACCACAAUCUUUUGCGUUGGCAUUGCAAAUGCCCUGAGGCAAACCCUUAACAACAUGGCUAGCAGGCCCGUUAACCAGCACGUGUUUGAGGCAUCGUUUUCAAACCUGCUGACCAUCGUAGACACAAUCCGUCCCAAGGUUUGGUGUUGAAGGUGCAUUGAUUUUGGAAAGAAAGGUGUUACUAAUAUCAAAACAACCUUUUCGCUAACGCAAUUCUACUGUAGCAUCAUGCCCAAUGUACCCACCGAAUGUGGUGUGAUCAGCUUGCAGUUCAUGAACCAGAAUGACCCAACAUAAUACUGGUCAAUACAAUGCCCAAUGGAUGUUUAAACUCGCGACAUUCAUGUUAUUAAACC